AUGACCGCACGUCAGCCUUCUCCUACAUCGGACAAUUCUCAUUCGGACAACAAUGUUCGCAAGAGGGUCUGUAAGGCAUGCGAUCGGUGUAGAUUGAAGAAAUCCAAGUGUGACGGAGGUAACCCUUGCGGUCGAUGUAAGGCGGACAAUGCCAUUUGCGUCUUUGGCGAAAGGAAGAAGGCUCAUGACAAAGUGUACCCCAAGGGGUACGUUGAGAUGCUCGAACAACAGCAAGCAUGGCUCGUCUAUGGUCUCCAAGAACUGUACCGACGGAGCAGUGAAGGCGAGGGCUGGCCGGGGGAGCCAUUGAAAUGCGAACCCAAUGGUCAUCCGCUCACUCACGAUCUGCUCACCCGGUUAGGCGCUUUGGACCAGCACAAAGGAGAACAUUUCGAGGAAAGCCCCGAAAUGAUGCAGCAGGAGUUGUGGAAGCAAAACGCGGGGCACAUGCAGCGUCAGGACUCGUCAGAUGGUAGCUCAGAGACCGCACAUUCACCCGUUGUACCAUCACGCUUCUCCGAUGCCUUUUCUAGACAAGUGCCGCCCACGCCCCCUAAUUUCAGCCCUUCCUCGCAGACGCAAGGUCCCACUAUCAAGUCAGAGCCUCAGAUGACCCCGACCAACCCUGCAUUUGUGACGCCGUUGGCGAUGCAAGGUGUCGUCAAUCCCGUCGCGUUACAGGCGCCGCAUCAAUGGGCUAACAAUAACUUCGGUGCCUUUGAAGAUAUGGAUUUGAUGACGACUGCCGACUAUACAAACAUGUCAUUCGAGGACCCGAUCUCGUCGCCAAUGUUCAAUCGCCAGAUCCCCAUGAAUUGCAUGAUAUCGUCUUCGUACUUAGACCCGAAGAACGAUUACGAAGACAUCAGCCAAUUUCUAAAUGCGAAUGUACCAGAGAUUGCAUCUACCUGA